GGAGUUGCUGGAUUUUUUCCACCUGAUUCCAAACCUUUUGUAAAUUACAUGAUCAGCGCUGAUUUCAGAUCACAUGAUCGGAUCAGAGACAUUCCUAGAAUAUACAUAAAUUUUAAAGAAAAGUUUCGUAAAAAUGUGGCAGGAAGUGUCAGUAACUGAUUUCAUAGGGCUCUACAUACAGCAUGUGUGAUUUGAGAUGUGAUUGGGUUGAUUAAUUAUGUCCAGGAUGUCGUCGUUAGCCGCAUGUCAGUGAGUAACUCAUGACUACUGGUUUGCCAGGCAUAGCAGGCAGUCGUUCUCAGGAACACUGCGCUCUCUGAACACAGUCUGCUCUUCAGGAUGCUUUCUGUCGCCAGAUUAUUCCUAUAGUAUAGGAGAGGGUGUACCUGGACUCUCUGAGUGUGUGUGAAUAUACGUCAGACUGCUGUUCAUGCUGCACGAGGGCUUUAUCUGAAGAGCGUAGUGAAGACUGACCAAGUGUUUGUGACCCUGACCUGACCCUGCUCGUCCUGCUCCUGACCGGUGUACCCGAGCGUGUGUAGAGAUGCCUCCAGCGACAGGUGGUCCAGUGGGGUACACUCCCCCCGAGGGAGGCUGGGGCUGGGCGGUGGUGGUGGGAGCCUUCAUCAGCAUUGGCUUCUCCUACGCCUUCCCCAAAUCCAUCACCGUCUUUUUCAAAGAGAUCGAGCAGAUCUUCGGAGCCACCAGCAGCCAGGUCUCCUGGAUCUCCUCCAUCAUGCUGGCCACCAUGUACGCGGGAGGACCAAUCAGCAGUAUCCUGGUCAACAAGUAUGGCAGUCGACCAAUCAUGAUGAUCGGAGGCUGUCUGGCUGGAACAGGAUUGGUUGCCGCGUCCUUCUGUAACACAGUGCAGGGGCUGUACUUCUGCGUGGGAGUGAUCGGAGGUCUGGGAUUGGCUUUCAAUUUGAAUCCAGCCCUGACGAUGAUCGGCAAGUACUUCUACAAGCGGCGCCCAAUCGCUAACGGCAUUGCGAUGGCAGGCAGCCCAGUGUUUCUCUCCACUCUCGCUCCCCUCAACAGCUGGCUCUACGACCAGUUUGGCUGGAGGGGGAGCUUCUUGAUCCUGGGCGGUGCUUUGCUCAACUGCUGCGUGGCUGGUUCCUUAAUGCGACCCAUCGGACCCAAACCGCAGCCGCCCAGACCCGAGGUGAAGGAGGACGGUGGUCCCAAAGUGCAGGAGGAGAAAACGGUGAUGCAGACCAUCAACAGCUUCAUUGACCUGACGCUCUUUUUGCACCGCGGCUUCCUGCUCUACCUCCUGGGCAACGUCAUCAUGUUCUUCGGCCUGUUCGCCCCGCUCGUGUUCCUCAGCAAUUACGCUAAGAGCAUGCACAUUUCCAAAGAGAAAGCUGCCUUCCUGCUCUCCAUCCUGGCCUUCACCGACAUGAUCGCACGGCCCUCCAUGGGGCUGUUGGCCAACACGAAGUGGGUCAGGCCGAGGAUACAGUAUUUCUUCGCUGCUUCGGUGCUCUAUAACGGAGUUUGCCAUUUGUUGGCGCCGCUCUCGGUGGACUACGUAGGGUUUGCGGUGUACGCCGUGUUUUUCGGGGUGGCGUUCGGCUGGCUGAGCUCCGUUCUCUUCGAGACGCUGAUGGACCUGGUGGGAGCGCAGAGGUUCUCCAGUGCUGUCGGACUAGUCACCAUUGUGGAGUGUGCACCUGUGCUGCUUGGACCACCACUACUGGGUGCAUUAAACGAUUGGUACCACGACUACAAAUACACCUACCAGGGCUGCGGCAUCGUCCUGGUCAUAGCCAGCGCCUUCCUGUUCGUGGGAAUGGGGAUCAACUACCGGCUGCUGGAUCGAGAGCGGCGGGAGGAGGAGAGGAAAGCAGGGCUGGAAGGAAGAGACGAGGAGACCAACCUAGACAAUGCCAUCAAGGAGAAGGAGAAGGACGCCGAGAACGACGUGUCCACUCCUCUCACGCAGGCGGACGUGUCCAAAAUGGACGAGGACUCUGUAUAACGCGCCCUAAUGAGUGCACACUCGAGUUCACGCUCUCAGCUACCUGGCAACCAGUGUUCCAGCAGCGUCUUCCAGCAGACCGCAGUGCGCAAUAAAUACGAACAAAUGAGGAACAGACUUUUUUAUUUUAGCUAAAUGUGUAAAAAUAAAAGGAAAAGCCACCCUGGAACAAAACACAGACACACAACGGCAAACCUACAAACAUUAUUCUGUUGUUUUUAUGUAGUCAUUCACUUUUACAGGCCCUGAUUUCAGUUCUUGUCGUUCGUACGAUGAGUUUAUUAUAGAUCGUAGAUUAUUCCAUACUUCGUAUUCUCUGCUUGACUUGACUGAGGUACUGAAUUAAUGAGUUACCAUGUUUUUUUAAUGCAGUACAAUAGCACAACGUUCACAGUUGCUGUUGCUCUUGCCCUUUUUUGAGCCAUUCUAUACGAAAUCUAUGAAACGGUACCGGCUGGAGACGUCUGGAGCUCGGUCUGAAGCACAGUACAGGUUAUAUGACUUCUUCUGUCUGUUCUUUUUCUUUAAAUUCUCGGGUGUGCUUGGAUGGAUACCUCCUCAGUGCGAUGCAGGUGGAUUUAGGCUUUUUUAUUAUUAUAAUUUAAGUUUUUUUUUUUUUCUCAUAGAGGUAAUUGGUCCAGCAUAAUUUCAUUUGAACCCCUCUUAGACUCUGUAACCCACACUACUUCACUUUUGUACAUAAAAUACUCUCACAAAUUACAAUAAAAUAGCAUUUGAUAACAAUUUGAUAGGCCUUAAGAUAGAGCCCUGGGGUACUCCACAAGAUGUUAAUAGUUAAUAGUUAAAUCCAACUGUUACAAAAACUAAAGGCCCUUUCACAGGGAGAAAGAUUUGAUUGAAAAUGGAACAAAAAUCUGAUUCAAUCUUCAAUAUUCUAUAUUAUUGUUUAUCUAGUGAAAGCGUCACACCAAUUCUGAUGCAGUUUUUUAUUUUUAUUGAUUGUAUUUGAUUUGUUUCUGCAUCUACACAGUGCUAGAAACUACUACAUAGCUCCCAUAAAUGCUCUCUGUUUCUCUGCCCUCUCUUUUUUUAUGUCACUCAUUAGCAAGGGAAGCUAACGUUAUAGUUCAGACCUCUCUGUGGAACAUGAUCAUACAAGGAUGCACCAAAACAGACCUUAAGGUCCCUGUAAUGCACAGCCUUUCAGCAUUGCUGUACCUUUUUGUAUAUUUUUAAUUCUCUGUGUUGUUACCUCUUUAUAUUAGCUUUUGUUUUCUACUCUGAACAAUAAAAAGCAGCAUCACAGUCAGAGAAACAUCAUUAAUACAUGUGUUUGUUUUGCGAAACUUUAUGUGCGUCUCUUUUGAUCCAUUAAAAUCAAACUCCUUGUGAAAGGGCCCUAAUUGACAACAGUUUAUGCAUGAGUUUUAAUAACUGCAUAAUAAUGAACAUUGAGUUCAGUUGGUUAACAAUCGUUAUGGUCACAAUUAGCAUUAAUUUAAUCAGCCCUACAAUAGAGCCCUGGGGCACUCCACAAGAUGUUAAAUGCUAAAUAAAACUUUUAAACCAGCUAAUUCACAACAAUUUAUGCAUUCGGUUUAAUAACUGAAUAAUAAACCUUGAGUUUAGUUGGUUAACAGUCAUUAAUGUCACAAUUAACAUGAAUUUAAUUGGCCCUAUAAUACAGCCCUGGGGGACUCCCCAAUAUGUUAAAUACAACUUUUAAACCAGAUAAUUCACAACAAUUUAUGCAUGAGGUUUAACACCUGUUAACUAACUGAAACUAAGGUUUAUUAUUCAAUCGUUAUGGUCACAAUUAACAUGAAUUUAACUGGCCCUACAAUAAAGCCCUGGGGGAUUCCACAAUAUUUUAAAUGUUAAAUCAAACUUUAAAAGCAGCUAAUUCACAGCAAUUUAUGCAUGACAUUUAAUAACUGAAUAAUAAACCUUUAGUUCAAUUGGUUAACAAUGGUUACUACUACAAUUAAAAUCUUUUUAAGUGUUCCUACAACAGAGCCCUGGGGGACUCCACAAGAUGUUAAAUGCUAAAUAAAACUUUUAAACCA